AUGAAAACAAUUACUCAAUUUUUAUUAGCUUUCGGUAUCUUAUUUACUAGUUUUAGUAUUAUUUCUUUAGGUAAUAGUCCAGUACUUGCGGUUGUGUUUUUAAUAGCUACUUUUGUAUUAUCUGCUAUUUAUUUAUUAUUAGUAGGUAUCAGUUUUAUAGGUAUUUCUUAUAUUAUAUUAUAUGUUGGAGCCAUAGCAGUACUUUUUUUAUUUGUAAUUAUGAUGCUUAAUUUAAAGGAUAAAGAUUUAGUUGAGCCUACUUCUGUUUCUUUAAAUAAUAGCAUUUAUAGUUUUAUUAUUGUAAUUUUUUUGCAUAUAUAA